CUGAUCAUCAACCUCUCUCCAUAUCAAAUCUAUACGCUCUGACACUCCUCUGUCACCAUUCUCGUUCUCUUCAGCCCAUCAACUCAUACAUACCUCUCCUUUCAUUCUGAAUUCAUCACCCUACCGCCGAUCACCGACCUCCCUGUCCCACUCACACCCACUCCUCAACCUCCAUAGCCAUAACCUGUUCCCUCCACCGCCAUCAUGGGGCUCGAAGCGACCAUGAUCCUCGUUGACAACAGCGAAACAAGCAGGAAUGGUGACUAUCUACCCAAUCGAUUCUCAGCACAAGCCGAAGUCGUCUCAUUAAUAUUCAACUCGAAGACCGGAUCCAACCCCGAAUCUGCCGUCGGUCUCAUGUCUAUGGCUGGUACCGGUCCCACAGUCUUGAACACCCCAACUACAAACUUCGGUGCAGUUUUGUCUGGUCUCCAUGGCACCAAAAUCAAGGGACAUAUCAGAUUGGGAACUGCCAUUAGUGUAGCAAUGCUAGCACUCAAACACAGAGCCAACAAGGCUCAACGGCAACGCAUCAUUGUUCUCAUAUGCAGCGAGCUGGAUAAUAAAUUCGGAGACAAGAAUGACACUGAAGCGGAACUGAUCAAGUUGGCAAAGAAGUGCAAGAAGAACAAUGUAUCAGUCGACUUUGUCGCAUUCGGCGACGCCAUCGAGUCCAGCACGAGACCCAUUCUAGAGAAAUUUGUCGAGACUGUUGGUGGCGAUUCGGGUGAAGGUAAUUAUAUUGCCAUCAUUCCUCCUGGCCCUGGUCUCCUUGGUGAUAGCCUCAUCACCACUCCGAUCGUCGGUAUGGAAGCAAAUCCAGGAAGAGGCGGUAUUGAGGGUGUGGAGACCGGACCUGCCAGUGGAGACGGGUUCGAGUUUGGCAUUGACCCUUCGGCCGACCCUGAGCUCGCAAUGGCCUUGCGCAUGAGUAUGGAAGAGGAAACGAAUCGAUUGGAAAGAGAACGGAGGGCGGCUGAAGAAGAGGCAAGACGGAACGCUGAUCGAAUGGAUACUAUUAACGAGGAAGGUCAGGCUGGACAUUCGACCAGUGGUACCAAUCAAGAUGGAGAUAACAGCAAUGACUCGAAGCAGCCUCGGGUGGAGGAUGACAAGGCGGAUAAACAGGAUUGAUUGAACUAAACCUGUUGUAUUCACGAUUGUACCAUUAUUCUCGGAGAUAAGAUGGCAGAGAGCUGGUGACCCCAGGUAUUGGUCAGCUCGAGUGGUCCAUGGCCACAGUUCGAAGCGAAGCUACGGUUAUCCUGGCAACUUUCGAUCUAUCUCCCAGAAAUUCCGCAUAGAUCAAAUGAGCAAGAUCGGUGUCGACAACGAGAGAUUCCAAGCUGGCAUAGAUGCGGACCUGCUCACAUCGAUGCCAUUG